GGUAUAUUAUUUUAGAUAAGGUGUGACUACACACAAAAAAUCAAAAAAUCACUUCUCACGCUCACUCAUCACUUCUCACGUACACAGACGCACAAAACGUGUGUUUUACAAUGGAAUCAAAAAAUUUCUUCUGGUUCUUCCAAAUUUUUAUACGGAGUAGUUUUUCGUCACUUGGCGUGUUUAAGCAUAUGUUUUGAGGAGCGUAUUGACAAGAAAUUAUCUGUGUUGUUAAAUCAGAUUGCUUCGAUUAAUAGAUUCUGGGUGUGAACUCAAGAUGAUAGAUUCAGCAGAGGAUUUAAGCAAAAAGCACAUGAACCGCAAGGUUGACAGUAAUGAGGAUAGUGAAAUUUCAAGGUUGGUUGUAACUGAUGACGAAGUAAGAACAACCAGAGCUGAUAUUUUUCAAUCACCGGCAGAAACCAGAAAAAUAGACCUCGUAUGGCUAUUGAAGACUUUAAUGUGGUGUUCUAUAUGUGUCAUCAUUAUUUUAAUCUUCGUAAAGUGGGGAGUUCCUUUCCUAUUCAAGAAGGUUCUUAUCCCAAUCUUACAAUGGGAAGCCACUGCAUUUGGUCGUCCAGUUCUUGCACUUGUGCUUGUGGCUUCUUUGGCACUGUUCCCAGUUUUUCUAAUUCCUUCUGGACCUUCCAUGUGGCUAGCUGGAAUGAUCUUUGGAUAUGGUAUUGGUUUUGUUAUCAUCAUGGUAGGAACAAGCAUUGGUAUGGUCCUUCCAUUCUUAGUUGCCUUGUUCUUCCGUGAUCGGAUCCAUCAAUGGUUAAAAAGAUGGCCUAAGCAAGCUGCUAUGGUUAGAUUGGCUGGUGAAGGAAGCUGGUUCCAUCAGUUCCGAGUUGUUGUUCUGUUCCGGAUUUCACCUUUUCCGUAUACACUCUUCAAUUAUGCGGUAGUGGUUACAAACAUGAGAUUUUGGCCUUAUUUCUGUGGAUCGAUUGCUGGAAUGAUCCCUGAAUCUUUUGUCUACAUCUACAGUGGUCGGCUAAUAAGGACGUUUGCAGAUGUGAAAUAUGGGAACCAUGACCUGACUAAUGUGGAGAUACUCUACAAUGUCACUUCAUUAAUUAUCGCCAUUAUCAUCAUAGUCAUAUUCACUGCAUACGCCAAAAGAACAUUGAACAAUCUUCAACUGUCUGAGAGAAAUGGUGAUGGCCCCACUCCUGGCAAUGAUAAUAAACCUGAGACGGAACAACUCCCCAAUGGAAAACCCAUUCACUCAAGCCUUUCUGUUACCAUCCAGUAGUGGUAGUACUGUAGUAGACUACCAACUGUUAAUUUUACCUUAAAUGAUUUGUAAUUAGAAAUGUGAACAAACAAAAAUGAAUAAUUAAUACACUGUUUU